AUGAUUACUAAAGUGUUUCUUAUUUGGUUAAUUUCACAUGUAUCUCUUGUUGAUGGUUCUCAUUUUUAUGGAGGAACGAUUACAUGGCGUCCUACUAAUAAUACUUUGUCGGAUUCCACAACACUGAUUACAGUCGUUGAACGAUUUACAUGGCGUUAUAGUAGUUACUCAUGUAAUGAUAGUACCAUUGCUGCACAAAAUCCGAAAAUCGGCAAUCCGAGCUCAUUAAGCUGCCUGUCGGGAAAUUGUAGCUUCUGGAGUCCCAUGAGUGCACAAACAUUCUGCACUGAUUAUAAUGUCGAGCUUGGCACUUCUUCUGGUGAAUAUUACCAGACAUACAGUUUACCCAUCAAUAUCUCGUUCAGUAUUGGCUAUUUGUCAUGCUGCUGGUUUAGCAAUCUUGUUGUUGGAUCUAAUGGUAACUGGGCUAUUGUUAAUCGAAUCAAUACUGCUGUUAGACCGGAUGGGUAUAUCAAUACCAGUCCUGUUGCCAUUUCUCUUCCUAUUAUUUAUAAGGAGAUCGGUAUACAACACACUCAUGCUGUUCAAAUGUUAGACUUCGAUGUUAGCGAUAUAUUACGAUGUCGAUGGUCUACAAACUUGACGACUAAUGUUAAUCAAUAUGAUGAAUGCAGUGAUAUGUGUAAUGGUGUACCUAAUGCUACUCUUGUUCAAAACAACUGUACACUCAUAUUUACAUUAACAACAGCGAAUCAAUAUGCAGGGGUGUCAUUACAAAUUGAAGAUUUUUAUAAUUCUGCAUCAGUAGCAGCAAAUAACCCAAUGAGUUCGGUUCCUAUUCAAUUUCUUUUCUAUGGUUACGCAGGACCUAGCAACUGUUCCACUCCUCCUUUCAUUUAUAUCGAUAAUCGACCAAACACGACGUGUGUUGGUGUUAUACCCGGUGACAAUAUCAGUGAAACUAUUAUUGUGCAAGUCAACUGUCCUGGAAAGAGUAUUGUUGAUUUUAUGACCAGUGUUCCAGUAGGUAUGACAAAAAGUCCGAUUCAAAAUCCUAGUACCGGUUCGUAUAUACAUUUUGACAUUUCGAUCAGUAUCGACGAUGCUUUAUAUCAAGGUGUCUACACUAUGACUCUUCAAUGGAUUCCAAGUAUUAGUCAAUUUGGCCCACAAGGCGUUUGUUUGAGUGCGAUUGAUAACACACAAGUGCAGUCCAAUCAGCUGUGUGUUACGUAUAUAGUUGAUUUUCAAAGACCUGAUCGUAUUCGACCAACCCUGAUGCAGAAUUCUACAUGGCCUGUUGGAAACAUUUCUCGAAAUCAGACCGUCUUUUCCAUUCAGUCAUCAGUUUCUGUCACCCGGCCCGCACGUCUGGAUGCUUAUAUUUAUUUUUGGGAUGCUACACUUGGUGACAUUCUCGUUAAAAAAUAUGAUUGUAGCUGGGAGCCAGAAGUCAUAUAUACAAAUUCCACCAUUCGAAUUUAUUUUCCUGUUGCUCCCUGGGUUUCGGGGCAUUCUUACUAUGUUACAUUUGAUACUGGUGUUGCGAGCACGUCUCAAGGGUGUGGACUCGAGUCGACAUCGAUCAACGAUAAGAAAUUCUGGGUAUUUAACAUUUCGAGUUCAACAUCAGCAAUAACAAAUUCGUUGACAGUACCAGCUUCUAUAACAUCAAGCACACCGAUAGCGUCUCAUCAAUGCUACAAUUAUACUUUGAUCAAUGAUCCUACAAGAAGUAUCAACGUGACUUCGAAUGGAUCUUCCGCCUGUGACCAAAACAUUUUCAGUUCUACUCCGAUGUGGGUGCGUUUUGUCGGUUCAGGUGGCUCAAAAAUUCCCACGAGCACAGUUGCAAACUAUCGAUGUCAAACUGAUGCACCUGGCUGGUAUUCUGGAAACAUGCCGAUUACUGUGAAUACAACCACAAGUGGACCUGUAUGUUUUGCGUGGGGCAGUAGCACUUGUUCUUGGAGCACUACUAUCUCCGUGACUAACUGUGGAUGGUACUAUGUGUAUGAGUUGGUUGCACCUCCAGUUUGUAGUUUACGUUACUGUACUGAUGAACCAACUAAUUGGACUGAACCUACAACUCCAGCUCCAACGUCAAAUACACCGAUAGUGUCUCCUCAAUGCUACAAUUAUACUUUGAUCAACGAUCCUACAAGAAGUAUCAACGUGACUUCCAGCGGAUCACCCGGCUGUGAUACAAGUAUUUUCAGUUCUACUCCAGUGUGGGUGCGUUUUGUUGGUUCAGGUGGCUCAACAAUUCCCACUAGCGCAGUUGCAAAGUAUCAAUGUCAAACUCAUGCACCUGGAUGGUAUUCUGGAAAUAUGCCGAUUACUGUGAAUACAACCACAAGUGGACCUGUAUGUUUUGCGUGGAGUGGUAGCAAUUGCACUUGGAACACUACUAUCUCCGUGACUAACUGUGGAUGGUACUAUGUGUAUGAGUUGAUUGCACCUCCAGUUUGUAGUUUACGUUACUGUACUGAUGAACCAGGCAAUUGGACAAAAGGUACAACAGCAAGAAUACAAACAACAGUUGUUCCAUCCACCACACAAGUACAAACGCCAAUGAGUCGAUCCACUCUAACAACUCCACCAGGUUGUUUUUCGCCGAGUAUAACACUCAUUCCUGGUGCAUCAACACCAUCAUCACCAAAGCAAUUUCGUCGUAGUCAAGACUUUUCGAUAGUUUCGCUCAUACAACUGAAUUGUAACAUUUCAUUAUCGAUGAUUACCCAGUGGACAAUUAAAAAUUGCAGUUCGUCUUGUUUACAACAAGUUCCUCCGAACUCUCAGAUACCAACGACAUUCACUGAGCUAUAUGUUCCUGCACGAAUUUUACCUUACGGCCUAUAUGAAUUUACGCUUACGGUAAAAAUGACGCAAAUACCAAGCUUAUCUUCUUCCGAAGUCGCUUAUAUUCAAAUAACUCAAUCAGGCAUAACAGCAAAUUUAGUUCCGUAUGGAACAUCUAUAAUUACACGUGGCAACCGACAAGAUCUCCAACUAGAUCCUGGAAGUUAUUCUGUUGAUCCAGAUGGUUAUACAUUCAAUGCAUCAAGCUGGAAAUACAAAUACUAUUGUCGAAUCUAUGGUUCAUCAAUGUUUCCAAACCUGCAGGGAUCGCUGUUAACUAUUGACGACAUGAGAAAUGAUUUCUCGAAUCCAUCUUGUUUGUCCAAUAGAAAAGGAUGGCGUUUUGAUAACUCUUUUAACUCAUCAAUAACAAUACUUGCUAAUUCUCUUCGAUCCAAUCGAACAUAUCAGUUUAUGGUUCAGAUGGAAAAUCGUCGUAAUUCUUCUCUUCAAGCUACUGGCUAUGUUCUUGUCAAAGUGGAAGAUACUCGACCACAGAUGGUUUUGAUUGGUUGUGUCAUAUGGACAAUGUGUCAACCAAACUUAGAAUUUCAAUUGGUCAAUCCAACAACACAAGUUGCUCUGUUUUCCACUUGUUUUCGAAAUUGUUCAACAAUCCAAAAUAUAACAUGGAAUGUGUACUACAGCGCGGUGAACUCAUCGGCGAAUUUCACUAAAUGGACGCUGUAUAAUCAAACAACUUUCUAUGAAAAUGUCUGGUUUUUCGGAGUUAAUACGAGUAAUUUCACUGCCACAAAUCAAUUAUUCUUGUCUAAUCCACAAAUAAAACUUUGGCAAUUUGAAGCUGUGUAUCGAUUCACGUCAGAAAUUAGUUCAAGUUCACUCAAUUUUGUUGUCAAUCAACCACCCCAGAACGGUUCAUGCUUGAUCAAUCCUCUCAAUGGGACGACGAGCACUUCGUUCACCAUUUCGUGCCCAAACUGGUCUGAUGAAGAUUCAAUAAAAGAUUACACUCUCUAUGGAUGGACAAACGAUCCAACGGAGAAAACGAUCGUUGCCUUUUCGGUAGCAUCAAUAUUCCAAGUACAGCUACCAGUCGGAGAUAAUCAAACGUCAUUGCUUCACUUGUUGGUUCACGUUCGAGAUGAAUCGAAUUGCAUCGCUGAAACGAAUGUGUCAUCGGUGACUGUACUUCCAGAUACUACAGCAAUCACCAACUUAAUACUUGAUAUUCAAAAUUCAACAUCACGAGGUACGACCAAUCCAAUAAUCCAAUUGCUUGCGAGUGGAAACCAAAAUCUUGUUAGCCAAUUGAUGACUUCAGUGUCACAACAAUUCAAUCAAAUAAGCGAUAACGAUCUUGGUCAAGCCAUUUCGAAUGGUGUUCCAGCUGCGAAUAUUCUCAUCUCAUCGUUGAAUACUCUGAGUAAGCCACAGACAGCGUACGCACCAUUUAAUCAAACAGUAUUGGAGCAGUUGAACAUACAGUUGAACUCUCGGGCAUCAGUUCGAGAGUAUUUAAUGGAAUUUCUUGCCAAUUUACCUAUCACAACAUCAAACAGUAUCAAACUACAAGCGUCAGUAUUAGCUCAAUUCACAAAAUCAACCAAUGAACUGACGAGAACAACUUUGGCGAGUAUAUCGAGUCGAUGUUAUCAGUUAGCACUGACUUUGAAUUCAAUGCAAACAAGUAUUGCAUAUGAAGAUGUCCAAUUAGCAUCAACUGAUCUUUUUCAAUGUGCUACGAAUCUUAUCAGCGCAGUUAAUGGUGCAUUACAAGAACGGACAACAAUUCUCGAUUUAGACUCUUCUCGAGCUACCAAGUUUCCUGAUGAUUAUGACACAGAUGUUGAACUAGCUUGGGCCAAUCCGAAUUUGUUUGCUGAUGGUGAUGAUUUCUCAUUGGAAACGAUACAAAAAAAUCGCAACAUCUACUAUCAGCAACAAUUAGCUGGACAAAUCAGUAGUCAAAUGACUGAGUUGACCUCGUUGUUGACUUCAACAUUGAAUAUCAAUCUCAAUAUUGGACAAAACUUCACUCUUAAAACAUCACAAGUGAUCAUGACAUUAGAGACUAAAUCCUCUCAAUCGCUUGCAAAUCAAUUCACAAAGGUUAUUGGAAAUGGUCAAGUGCAGCUGCCCAACAAUUUCACAGCUUAUCUAGGCACGAACGAGAAGAUCUCCAUUCGAUCAAUGAUGGAGCCAUUGGCAUCCUUUGGGAACUCCAAAUCAACAUUCAACAACAAUCUCUCCCGAUCACUUUCAUUCUCCAUUCUUGAUCAAGAUCAAAAUGAAGUUUCAAUUCAUGCAGCAAACAAUCAGUCAAUCGAAGUUAUCAUUCCUCGUGAUCCCAAUCUCAUCAUUCCACCAAUGAUCCGUCAGAAUGUCACAUCACUCAACUCCACUUCUCCUCAUCAACUGCUCUUCCAUCUGAAUUAUUUGAGCUUGUCACCAUCACUAGCAGUGUCAGUUCAUUGGGAGAUCGAACCAUCGAGCACGAGUCUCGCUUACUUGUUUGUCUACCGUUUCGAUCAAACACCACAACUUAAUACUUCAAUCAAUCACAUCGAUGGAUGGACACUUUUUUGUCCUUCUAAUCUCACAAAUGAUAGUGUGUACACUUAUUAUGUCGAUAAUCAACAAACAAACGGUCAUCAGUCGAUCAUAUUUGGUUUGAGAGAGCUCAAUGCAACUGAAAUCACUCAACAUUGUUCAAACAUACCACUUUCUGUUCCUCCCAUCACAGAUCAACCAUUCAACUUCACCGCAGACUAUGGACUCAGAAUCUACACAUCUGGCUGUUAUUAUCUCGAUGCAAAUCAACAAUGGAAGUCAGAUGGACUCGUCGUUGGACCGUUGACCGAUUACAGUCAAACACAAUGUUAUUCCACCCAUCUGACAUCAUUUGCAGGUGGAUUGGUUAUUUUACCUAAAACAGUCAACUGGAGUUAUGUGUUCGCCAAUGCUGAUUUCAUGAAAAACAAAACCAUCUAUUUAACAGUGAUUGUUGUUUGUGUGAUCUAUGUACUUCUGACUAUUUAUGCACGGUACUACGACAAAAAAGACGUGGAGAAACUAGGUGUUACAAUCUUGCCCGAUAAUAACAAGAACGACAACUAUUUCUAUCAGAUAAUUGUGUUCACUGGCCAACGACGAGAUGCUGGAACGAAAUCGAAUGUACAUUUUGUCAUUCAUGGUGAUGAGAAUGACACUCACAUUCGAACAUUGGCUGAUCCUCAUCGUUACAUUCUGCAGCGUGGUGGAGUUGAUGCAUUCCUCAUGAGCGUUCCCAAGUCAUUGGGAUUACUGAAUUGCAUUCGCAUUUGGCAUGACAACAGUGGCAAAAGUUCAUCUUCGUCGUGGUUCCUGAAAUAUAUUAUCAUUCGUGAUCUUCAAACAAUGCAAAAGUUUCAUUUCAUCUGUCAACGAUGGUUUGCAGUUGAGAAAGAUGAUGGGAAGAUCGAACGUGUUCUGCAUGUUGCAAGUGAUAUGGAAAAGAGUCAGUUCUCAUUCGUUUUGACAAAACGAACCUAUCACAGCGUGUCUGAUGGUCAUCUUUGGCUUUCGAUCUUUUCGCGUCCACCAUCCACUCAAUUUACUCGUGUUCAACGAUGCACAUGUUGUUUUGUUCUGUUGUUUGUUUCAAUGUUUCUCAAUAUCAUGUACUAUGACUUGACAAAUGAAGCCAAAUCAACUGNGUUUCACUUCGAGUAA